GCACUAAUCGAAUCAAUGGAAGGCAAACAGGGCAAGCCACGUCUAAAGCCGCCUUUCCCAGCUGAUAUUGGCCUGUUCGGAUGUCCGACCACGGUGAAUAAUGUGGAAACAAUUGCAUCGGCACCGGCAAUAUGCAAACGUGGUGCUGCAUGGUUCGCUUCUUUUGGACGUGAACGAAAUCAUGGAACUAAGGUAACCAAGCUGUUAAAUAAUCUUGUAUUGCUGAUUUGUACCUCGACGACUACGAGGUUAAUGAGCAUCGAGGGAGGACAAUCGCUGAAACUCCGAUCAUACAUCAAUAGUUUUUUGAAAAAAAAAAAAGUAAAUUCCGAAAUUUUGCAGUCAUCCUAA